UUAUAAAACUCCAGAUAUCGAGGUUCUCUUUUUCUCGUGCGAGUCGCGAAGCUCCAGUGUUUCGGAGUUAAUCUCGGCACCAGUUUUUAUAACCUUACUAUUCGCACCUGUUAAUACCCUCCAUUUUCUCAGUGAUCUACUUCUUAUCUGACGUUUCGUUUAUGCAUAAAAUGUGCAUAUGUUUUUAUUUCCAUAUAGAUUUGACAACUUAUCAUAAUGAUUGCAAUCUUUAUCGACAGGAUUAAGAUUACAAUUAGCGAAGCUUGACGCAACAUAUGCUUAUUUUUGCAGGUUGCCCUCGCCAGUUUCUAUGAGAACGAUGAGCCGUCCGGAUUGGUGACCGAAGCUGUUGAGGAUACACCACCAGUGGAGGAACUACCAGCGACAACAGACACAAUGUCAAAGCAUACAAAGUCUGAUUCCACGGAGUCAAAGGGUGCUAAACCAAAACCUAGGUUUGGAACAUUAAACGAUCUUCAGAACAGAGACAGCAGUUCUGAGGAAGAGGAGGGACAGGCAUUUUAUGCAGGAGGCUCAGAACACAGCGGCCAGCAGGUUCUAGGACCAGGAAAGAAGAAAAAGGACAUUAUCAGUGAUAUGUUCAAAUCGUGUCAGGAGCAAUCGAUUUCUGCGGAGCCUCCAAAAAUGGGUGGCCAACAGAGACCAAACACAUUUAGUGGUACAGGAUAUAAAUUAGGUCAAACUAGUUCUGACACUGAAGUUGUAAUUGGAGCACAUUCAGAUCAACAAUCCUCAAGCGGUCUCAUCACGUUGAAAUUGUGGAAAGACGGAUUCACUAUAAAUGAUAGUGAGAUUCGAUCAUAUGAUGAGCCUGAAAAUCGAGAGUUUCUGGCUGCCAUCAAGCGAGGUGAAAUCCCAGCAGAGAUUCGUCAGCAAGUACAAGGCGCAGAGGUACGACUUGACAUGGAGGAUCAUCGUCAUGAGAUUUACGUUCCAUCCAAAUCCAAAGUGAAAGCCUUCUCUGGAAAGGGACACAUGCUAGGAAGUCCAUCACCGGCUACUGUAGGGAUGACAGUACCAACAGAUCCCGCUGAUCAAGCUGCUAAUGAAGCGCAAGCAAAGAAAGAACUGGAUGUAGAUACGUCAAAACCAACCACGACGUUACAAAUUCGCCUUGCGGACGGCAGUACCGUGAAGGCUCAAUUUAACUUAUCGCAUACAGUCGCUGAUCUUAGACGAUAUAUAAUAACUAUGAGACCUCAGUAUGCUCUAAGGGAUUUCAGUUUAUUAACCAUUUAUCCAACGAAGGAACUUGCAGAAGAUAAGACAAUCGAAGAGGCUGGUUUACAAAAUUCGGCUAUAAUGCAACGACUGAAGUAAAUAAACUUUUUCUAAAUUUCUAGUUUGAAAAAUGUAACAGAUAUAUAACAAAUACAUUUUAAAUCUCAUAAAGAUAAAA